AUGACCUCCAACAAGGCCACCAUGGUGGGAUUUGAUGAUGUCUUACUUCAACUUUUGGAUCAGCUCACUGGAUUUCCCUCAAGUCGGCAAGUCAUCCCCAUCGUAGGCAUGGGGGGAAUUAGUAAGACCACACUUGCCACAAAUACUUUUCAACAUCCAUUCAUUGUGCAACACUUUGAUGUUUGUCUUUGGGCUACAAUAUCUCAACAAUAUAUUGUCCAUAACAUUCUCACACAGCUUGUGUCUGUUGAUGAAUCCAGUAGUGCAACUGUUGAUGAAUUAGGACAACAGUUGUAUAAGAGUUUACGUGGGCGAAGGUAUUUGAUUGUGCUAGAUGAUAUGUGGAGUGUCGAAGCUUGGGAUGAGAUAAAAUUCUUCUUUCCCGACACACAUAGUGGAAGUCGAAUUGUUGUGACUACUAGGCACUUAGAUGUGGCCAAUCAUUUAGGCGUUUCACAUCUUGCAAUUGAUUUUCUGGAUGAGGAGAAUAGUUGGGAUCUAUUUUGUCAAACAGCAUUUGCAGAGCAAGGUUGCCCUUCUGAGUUGGAGGAGUAUGGGAAGAAGAUAGUUGAGAAGUGCAAAGGACUUCCCCUUGCGAUUGUUGUGGUUGGGGGUCAUCUCAGGAAGUCAUCAAUGGCGGUAGAAUACUGGGAAAAUGUUGUACAAAAUAUGAAUUCAAUUUUAGAAUAUUCUACAGAGAAUGAUGAGCAGUGCUUGAAUAUAUUAUCUUUGAGUUACAGCUACUUGCCUGCUCGUCUUAAGCCGUGCUUCCUAUUUUUGGGGGCAUUUCCAGAAGAUGAAUUGAUUUAUGUGUCAGAAGUUCUUAAACUUUGGAUUGCUAAAGGAUUUAUAGAACAUUUCGAAAAUUUGAGCUUGGAAAAGGCUGGAGAGAAUUAUAUAAGGGAUCUCUCUGAGAGAAAUCUCAUUUUAGUUGAUGCAUGGGAUUACAAUGGAGAAGUUUGUGAAUUUAAAGUACAUGAUCUAGUUAGAGAAUUGUGCCUAAAGAUUGGCAAGAAAGAUGAGUUUUUAUGUGAGUUGGAUAGUCCACGAACCAUAAACAGGGAGCGCCGAGUUGUAAUCAGUGGAGAAAUUCCAGAGACAAAAACCUUUGAUGCUCCAAUCCGUUGUCUGAUAUGCGAAGGGGGUCGGCUAUUGCUUAACUUCAAAUUGUUGAGAACAGUGCAUAAGGUUGUUGCCUCAUCAAUAACUGACUCUACAUUUCAGCAACUUAACUUACGGUAUCUUAAAGUUGAUAUUGAUCAGAAGAGUCGCACAACUGUUUACCUUCCUCCCUCAAUAUCGCUGCUUUGGAAUUUGCAAAUAUUAAGAAUUGUGGUUCCCACUCGUUCCACUGCGAUUGCACCAUAUGAGAUUUGGGAGAUGGUACAACUUAGGCAUCUUGAGGUAUAUCCAAUUUGUCUUGUUGAUCCUCUUCCUGUGGACAGAUUAGACCAUGCAAAUGACUUGGUUUUGAGAAAUCUGUACACACUUUCAAAUGUAGAGAAUUUGAGGUUGAGUGAAGAGGUUUGCAAGAGAAUCCCCCAUAUCAGAGUAUUGAGGUUAUCAUAUUGUGAUGAAGUGAGUUUGAGUUACUGUCCCUCCAAUCUUGGCAACUUCCAUGAACUGGAACAUCUACUAUUGAAAUUCGAUGGAAAUUCUAAGUGGCAUGAUUUUUGUUUGAGUCUCACUUUCCCAAUUUCACUUAAGUGGCUGUAUUUACGUGGUUGUGGUGUUGAUUGGGAUGAAUUGACAAUCAUGGUCGGCUCCUUGCCCAAUCUUGUGUGUCUUAAGUUGGGUCUGAAUGCAGUGAUUGGAUCAGUAUGGAGCCCUAUUGAGGGGAAAUUCCUACGCUUGACACAGUUGGAGAUUCUUGAUUGUGAUGAUUUAAUCUACUGGAAUGCAGAAAACUUCCAUUUUCCAGUCCUCGAAAUUCUGUGUCUCGAAAAUUUGUCGAAAUUGGAUGAGUUCCCUUCGGGUAUUGAAGAAAUAGCAACACUUGGUUUGAUUGAAAUGGAAUUUUGCAGCGAAUCUUCAAGCAUUCAGCAAUGA